UGCGCCGGUGCUGUGUGCAGGUCUCCUCGGCGGGUGCGCGUGGUCGGGACAGCUGCCGCUGGUCGCCUCUGAGUCAGGACGAGUCCGGUUCGUGUCCGUGCGCGGAGUUCUCUCUCAUCUCGCUCGGCUGCGGGAAAUCGGGCUGAAGUGACUGAGUCCGCGAUGGAGAGAGAAAAGGAACAGUUCCGUAAACUCUUCAUUGGUGGCUUAAGCUUUGAAACCACCGAAGAAAGUUUGAGAAACUACUACGAGCAAUGGGGAAAGCUCACAGACUGUGUGGUAAUGAGGGAUCCUGCAAGCAAAAGGUCAAGAGGAUUUGGUUUUGUAACGUUCUCAUCCAUGGCUGAGGUAGAUGCUGCCAUGGCUGCAAGGCCUCAUUCGAUUGAUGGGAGAGUAGUUGGGCCAAAACGCGCGGUAGCCAGAGAGGAGUCUGGAAAACCUGGAGCCCAUGUGACUGUGAAGAAGCUAUUUGUUGGCGGAAUUAAGGAAGACACCGAGGAGCAUCACCUUAGAGAUUACUUUGAAGAAUAUGGGAAAAUUGAUACUAUUGAAAUAAUUACUGAUAGGCAAUCUGGAAAGAAAAGAGGCUUUGGCUUUGUUACCUUUGAUGACCAUGAUCCUGUGGAUAAAAUUGUAUUGCAAAAAUACCACACCAUUAAUGGUCAUAAUGCAGAAGUAAGAAAAGCACUGUCAAGACAAGAAAUGCAGGAAGUCCAGAGUUCUAGGAGUGGAAGAGGAGGGAACUUUGGUUUUGGAGAUUCCCGUGGUGGUGGUGGUGGAAAUUUUGGACCAGGACCAGGAAGUAACUUUAGGGGAGGAUCUGAUGGAUAUGGAAGUGGACGUGGAUUUGGGGACGGCUACAAUGGAUAUGGAGGCGGACCUGGAGGUGGCAAUUUUGGAGGUAGCCCUGGUUAUGGAGGAGGAAGAGGAGGAUAUGGUGGUGGAGGACCUGGAUAUGGCAACCAGGGUGGGGGCUACGGAGGUGGUUAUGACAACUAUGGAGGAGGAAAUUAUGGAAGUGGAAAUUACAAUGAUUUUGGAAAUUAUAACCAGCAACCUUCUAACUAUGGUCCAAUGAAGAGUGGAAACUUUGGUGGUAGCAGGAACAUGGGGGGACCAUAUGGUGGAGGAAACUAUGGUCCAGGAGGCAGUGGAGGAAGUGGGGGUUAUGGUGGGAGGAGCCAAUACUGAGCUUCUUCCUUCUUGCCAUGGGCUUCACUGUAUAAAUAGGAGAGGAUGAGAGCCCAGAGGUAACAGAACAGCUUCAGGUUAUCGAAAUAACAAUGUUAAGGAAACUCUUAUCUCAGUCAUGCAUAAAUAUGCAGUGAUAUGACAGAAGACACCAGAGCAGAUGCAGAGAGCCAUUUUGUGAAUGGAUUGGAUUAUUUAAUAACAUUACCUUACUGUGGAGGAAGGAUUGUAAAAAAAAUGCCUUUGAGACAGUUUCUUAGCUUUUUAAUUGUUGUUUCUUUCUAGUGGUCUUUGUAAGAGUGUAGAAGCAUUCCUUCUUUGAUAAUGUUAAAUUUGUAAGUUUCAGGUGACAUGUGAAACCUUUUUGAAGAUUUUUCUCAAAGUUUUGAAAAGCUAUUAGCCAGGAUCAUGGUGUAAUAAGACAUAACGUUUUUCCUUUAAAAAUUUUAAGUGCGUGUGUAGAGUUAAGAAGCUGUUGUACAUUUAUGAUUUAAUAAAAUAAUUCUAAAG